GGUGGUCCAAACUAUGUAUGGCACAUUGAUGGCUACGACAAGCUUAAGCCAUUUGGAAUCGCAAUCAGUGGAUGCAUUGAGGGGUUUUCCAGAAAGAUGAUAUGGCUUGAAGCUUACAAAACAAACAAUGAGCCAAAGAUCAUCGCUGGCUACUUCAUUGAUGCUGUUAUCAAUGCUGGAAGAACUUAAUGAGGUUGUAUUGACUUGGAACAACCACAGAGUCCGUCUAGUCCAUAACUCACGAUCACCCCAUGUACGUCCCUCCAUAUGACAUGCAGUCCCUCAUCUGUACGGAGGCAGAGAGUGUUUGCAGUCUGUGGACCUGGAGAAGGUUCACGUCUGCCUUGACGAGUGUGUGUUCAAGGACUUCCCAUGUGAUGAAGAUGUGUUCCAUAUCUGUGUGGACCUCAUGUCAGAGUAUAACCUGACAUUAACAAAUGAUGUGUUUGAAACCAUUGACCUGUACAUCCAACUCAGACAGCUGAUGAACAAUGAACUAGAUCUAGAUCAUUAACUUUCCUGGGCUAGUGUCACAAUUUAUAUUUCAUAUUAUAUUAUUAUAUUAGUUUCCUGUUUAACUCCCGGACAAAUUGAAAUAUACAUACUGAUUGCAAUUGUCAGAAUUAUAACAGGUAUUUUCGGAGCGUCAUGAACUGCAUUGUUGUACAAACGGUAGUUUAGCUGCAAAGACUGAUUCACGUUACAAUUAGGCUAUAUAUACACUAUCUAACGUUUACAAAAUUCACCUGUAAUAGUUACCUUAUUUAGCACUGCAUGUCGUUUGCACGGUGGGGGCAGCAGGUGAUGAAGGGACCUUUGAAGACAGCGCCACUGUAACGCAUGCGCACUUCUUAUCUCAUAAUUAUGACUUUCCAUUGAGAUUUCUUUCUUUUUUUACUGGUGGAAAUAGGCUUCCAUAGAUAUCACACUAAGGUCCAGAUAUCCAUAAAGUCUCUAAAGACAGUGUAGCCCUGUAAAUACUGUAAAUAAUCAGGUUUGGUACAGUGCUUUACAAUAAUCUGUUUAUUUACAGCUUCUCACUAAACACUGAAUUUAAAAACAGUACUUGAGCUUUAAAGUAAAAUGUUACACAUGUUAAACAAUCACAUUAAUGUAUUUGUAAAAUACACAAGGGACAUAAAUGACAGUGUUAUGUCUGUGUGGAGUUCAGGGUGUGAGGUGUGACUACCUUUGUGCGCAUUGUGCUUUCUGUGUCCUUAUACACAGUUUUCAACUCGACCACUUCCCUUUUACCUUAACUCUCUUCCUUUACAGAAAAUGUCUGUGAUGAAAAAGAAGCAGUCAAGAAUACGUACAGUUGUAAUUAUCUACAGUAAAUAUGGACCUUUCUCAUUUUUAGGGCAAUAAAUAUAGAUGGUAGAGACGGGACAUAAACUCCUGUUCACAGCACAAUUCAAUUAAAACUUUCCAAAAAUGUCUUUUUACAAUUCAUAAUUGUUUUGUAGUGACACAAUGAGACACACAGUACAAUGUGUAUUGCAGUGAAGUGCUACACAUUUACAUUAUUAACAAAUGAACAACAAUGUAUGUGCUCCAACUCAAAUGACAACUUGGCAGUUGUAUCUGGUUUUAUAAAAUGGUCCCACUCACGCUGCAGUAAGAAAGGUGUGAUCUCAUCUCUACUGUGCAAGAAUGACACCUGCCCACAAAGUUUCCGUUGUGGGAGUUAAGUUGACUACAAAAUGUGGCAGGGUGGGCAAUCCUCGGCACACUGUUCAGCAUUUACAGCACAAUGACCAUGAUCCACGCGUACUGCAUUAUAUGCUUCUUCCAGCUGCUCUCCUCCACUGAGGCUUCUGACAGCGGCAUAGUAGGUGGGAAGGUUGCAAAGCCUCAUUCCAGACCCUACAUGGCGUCACUCCAGUUUUAUGGAAAACAUUCAUGUGGCGGGAUACUUAUUCGGAAAGACUUUGUUCUAACUGCAGCACACUGCAAAGACACUCAGAACAUGAUGGUGGUACUUGGAGCACAUGACCUAAGCAAGAAAGAGAAAAGUCAGCAAUGUAUCGAAGUUGCUAAAUACCAUCCACAUCCAAAAUUCACUGGAGAAUAUGAUUAUGAUAUCAUGUUACUUGAGUUAACAAAGAAUGCCACACUGAAUAAGUAUGUGAAGACCAUCGGACUACCUAAGAAAGAUGGGAAAAUCCCCGCCAACAUUAAGUGUGCCGUUGCUGGCUGGGGCCAAACUGGAGCCAAUAAACUUGCCUCAAAUGUGCUGAAGGAGGCUACAGAGAAGCUGCAAUUCAGCUUUGAGUGCAAAAAUAUAUGGAGAAAAUUCUUCAAUGCUAAUCAAAUGAUCUGCACCAAAUUUGACAAAAAGAACGGAGGCGUUUGCCAGGGUGACUCCGGAGGACCACUGAUCUGCAACAGCAAGCCUCAGGGUCUCACAGCUUUUACCUUGAAAAGUGACUGUAGUAAUCCCAAGUUUCCCCAUGUCUUCACUAAAGUUCCUUUCUUUGUCCCCUGGAUUAAGACAGUGAUGAAGGGAUUGGGGAAUGCUGCAUGACACUUUUGAAAAAUGAAUUCAUGAAGAUGGUAUAUGUAAAUGUUUAGCAUGCAAAAAAACAUGUAACAAACUAAAAUAUGGAAUAAUAAAUGUUGCAGAUUCAA